UUCAAGCUCAGUUCAGUCCGCUACCACGCACAGCCCGCAAAAAUGUUCAAGUUUCUGAUCUUGGUCGCUCUGGUGCCAGCUGUUAUGCUGCAGAACGCCGACAACAUCAACUACGACGACUGGGAUGUUGUCCCGUUUCGUCCGUGCGCCGGUGCCCGCCCCCCACCGGCUAGUCUUCGGAUCGAGAACUGCCCGCAGAUGCCGUGUCAACUGCGCCGUGGAACCAGCGCCAUGAUGGUCAUGGACUACACCUCUCUGACUGACGCCACCGCGCUGCGCCCGAUCGUUACUGCCACCGCCCUGGGAAUUACUGCGCCGUACGAGCUUCCGGCCAACGUGGCCGCGGCCUGCAACUGGCUGGUGGGAGCUCGCUGUCCCACGUCCACCGGCGAAGAUCUAACCUGGCACAUGACCAUGCCGAUCACUCCGAUUUAUCCGCUGGUGUCGGUCACCAUCGAGAUUGACCUGCAGGACCAGAGUGGACAGACGCAGGGAUGCUUUGUGGUUGACGCUCGUGUGGUGGCCUAAACGCGGAUCGGAUGUAUACUUUUUUUACCCAGAUCGUUAAACGGAAAAUGUUUAGUCACUUGGUACCUUUUAGUGUUUAAAUCUUGUCCUACCCCUUGGUUUAAAUAUG